AUGACUACAUACCAUCGUAAAAUAACAAAACGAAUGUUUUGUUCACCUCUGAUCUGUUGUAUAUGUGGUGAUGGAGCACGCGGUAUUAAUUUUGAUGUUAUCACUUGUAUGUCUUGUAAAGCCUUUUUUCGACGAAAUGCAUUACAAGCAUUAAAUGUAUUACGAUGCAGACGUAAAUCUAACUGUGAAAUAACAAUAGAAACACGAAAGAAUUGUCCUGCUUGUCGAUUACAAAAAUGUUUGAAAUUUGGUAUGAAAUCCAAAUUAAUUCGUUUGGAUUCUCAAGCAUUAACACAAGACAUACAACUACCAAGACCUCGACCAUUAAGUCUUCUUCAAAAUGAUUAUUCAACAUUUACAGUUGAUCAAUGGAAUCUUUUAUCUAAUGUUAUCAAUGUUUGUAAUGAAUAUAACAUUAUAAAUGAUAUUAAAUGUUUACUUAUAGAAUAUUAUUCUUUACCAGUUCGAUUACGUGUAAAACCAUUAACAGCAUUAAGUUAUAUGAAUAAAUCUCUUUCAACUAUUCAAACAAUACUUAAACGAUCACCUUAUUUUCAUUCAUUAUCAUUAAAUUCUCGUCGAUCACUUAUACAAAAUAAUAUAUAUCUUACAACUAAUUGA